AUUGGGCUCAAGGCAUCGUGCCCGAGCCGGCAAAAUCGCCUCUAUGCGUAAUGCACAAUCACAACAGUUCUUGAAAGGAGAGAAGGAAGUUGGCAUUUCCUCUUCGCAGAGACGCUGGAGAAGAUUCAUAUUCUCAUCUGAUUUGGAAGAAGGUAAAUUUCAUGGAAGCGUUGGGGAGUUAUAAGAUCAGUCCAGUUUGUGAUUAUAGUAGAAAAUCUAAAUGUCGUUUUCUUUCUCCGUGCACACUAUAUUCGAGGAAGAAUGCCAAUGGAACUCGAAUUGGCUUAUUGAAGCAGUCCAUAUCAUCCAACAUAACGGUAGCUUCUGCUCAACCAGUUGGGAGCUCAAAAGUGGGGCAUCCUGAAAACAUGCUGCCUUCGAAAGAGAUUCUUGAGCUUUGGAGAAUUGUUGAUGCUGUGUGCUUUGAUGUCGAUAGCACAGUCUGUCUGGACGAAGGUAUUGAUGAACUUGCUGAAUUCUGCGGUGCUGGAAAGGCCGUUGCUGAAUGGACUGCUAGAGCAAUGGGUGGUUCUGUUCCUUUUGAGGAUGCCUUGGCUUCUAGACUAUCUUUGUUCAGUCCUUCUUUAUCUCAAGUUCAGAAUUUUAUUGAGCAAAGACCCCCAAGGCUUUCCCCUGGCAUUAAAGAGUUAGUUGAGAAGUUAAAGGCCAAGCACAUUGAUGUUUAUCUGAUUUCUGGGGGAUUUCGUCAAAUGAUCAAUCCGGUUGCAUCCAUACUUGGGAUCCCAAAAGAAAAUAUUUUUGCCAAUCAACUGCUUUUUGGAAGCUCUGGAGAGUUUGUGGGGUUCGAUAGAAAUGAACCUACUUCAAAGAGUGGAGGAAAAGCAGCUGCAGUUGAACAGAUCAGGAAGGGUCAUAAAUACAAAAAAUUAGCUAUGAUAGGGGACGGUGCAACUGAUCUUGAGGCUCGUAGACCAGGUGCUGCCGACUUGUUCAUCUGUUAUGCGGGGGUUCAGCUUCGAGAAUCUGUGGCUGCAAAAGCUGAUUGGCUCGUUUUUGAUUUUGCAGACCUCAUUAAUUUGCUAGGAUAGCUUCAUUUGUUUUGGUUUGAUCCUGAGUCCAAGUGAUCACAGUGCUUUUGUGUUUUCCCCCUAAGGUUAUGGCAUUCCUCUCCAUGGAGGAUUAUGUAACUGCAAGAAAAUUAACAGCUGGUCCCUUACUUCUGAGAGCCAAUAAGUUUCCUUGCUCA